GUAAUUUGUACUGCGAAAAUGAUGAAAUGUGUACAAAAGGAAGUGAGUCUCACUUUCUAUAAAAUAGUUUUUACAUAGACAUACUGCUAUGGUUCCUGGUGGUUCUACAGGAAACAGCUGAGAACUAAGCUAAGCAUGUUAUAAAAUAUUUUUGUUUCUGAAUUAAUGAGAACGUAGCCAUCUGAUGAUGUGCAAAAGAUAGAUUUGGUUUGUUUUUUGUAGGGUGUUUUUUUUUUUUUUUUUUUUUUUUUACUGCGCCCACAGUGCUGUAGUGUAGAAGUAACAGCAGGCAGAGGCAGAGGAAACAGUUGGACAAAGCCAUGGAGGUUGCCUUUAAGGAGGGUGUAUUGUAUUUACAAGGAGUCAAGUUUGGAAAGAAAACCUGGCGCAAGACCUGGGCGAUGCUUUUCCAGCCCAGCAUGUCGGGGGUUGGCCGGGUUGAGCUCUAUAACAUGCGCGACGGACCCACAUCCCUCUAUGCAAAGUCCCCUCUGUCUAGGAGGCCAGAGAAGAGGGUCCGUCUGUGUGACUGCCUGAGCAUCACCCUGGCCCAGGAGGAGAUCUGCCCCCCAGAGUGUAGUGCCUUCCUCCUCAGCACCACCCAGCGGUGCUACACUCUGGCCUCUGACGCCUGCCAGGACUGGGUCUGCACAUUCUCACAGGUGGCCUUCCAGGCACCAGAUAGCCUAAAAUCCCGGAGCUGGAGGGAAGAGAAAGAACCCACAGAGCCAGAGACGAGAGUUCUUCAGACAUUGGGGGAGAUACCCAUGGAAGACAAUGAACUGUACUCAUCUUGGAAACCCGCCCAGUACACGGUCACAAUCCAGCCCACUGAGGCCUCGAUCAGGUGUAAGCUGGCAGGGGACUACCUCCUUUGCCCGGUCACAGACGGCCUCCUGCUGCUGGAGCUCUACACAGCCCAGACCAUCUACAGCUGGCCCUACCACCUCCUACGCAGAUUUGGAUUAUUCAAGGGGGGCUUCUCCAUCGAGGCAGGCCGUCGCUGCUCCUCGGGGGAGGGGCAGUUCAGCUUCCUGUCCCAGCUGGGUCCCCAGAUCCACUGGGCAGUGGAGGAGGCCAUCGCCCAGCACCGUCAGGAGGAGGACACGAAACCUCCUCCCUGGACCUCCCUUCCCCCUUCUGAAGCCCCGACCUCGGGCUGUUAUCGUGACAGCAGCCACCUCCAAUCUGACUAUCCUGACAGACUCACCGGCGCUCAACAGCCACCCAGGUCCUCUCCCACUGGAUGUUUACUUCCCGAGGAAGAGAGCGAUGAGUGUGACGGUCAGCUGUAUGCGACAAUAGACGACAGCUCUGGAGCGAGCUGCAAACAUCCAGCACCUAUGAGGAUGCUGAGCCUGCCUGAGGCCAGCCUGGAGUCUGGGGGGGAUGAGGAGGACAGUGAGAGGUGUUAUUCUCUGGACGCAAUCAGACUGGACAACUUGAAUGGAGAGUCUGACUAUUACAACCUGAGAACAUGGGUGGAGGGCCAGGGGGUCACAGAGAAAGACAGUUCUAAAAUGGAGUGUACAUAUGCAAUAGUGAGCAAACCUCAGUCCCAGUGCCAAUCCCAGACACAUUUCCAAGGCCAACUGCUGUUGCAGCCGCAGCCUAACUAUUAUCAGCCUAAGUCACACCCCCAACUUGAGCUCCGAUCUCCUAUCAGGACAAAGCCUCAGCGGACCCACCCGAAGCCCCAGCCCCGAGCCCUCAGCCAGCCCCGACACCAGUCCCCGGUCCAAGUGGAAGAGGAGGCAGAGGAAAGAGGGGAGGGGCGGGCCAGACAUGUCUCCCCCAACAUCAAUCCAACUGAGAUCCCUGGUAGCUUUAAACAGAGGCUGUCAGAUAUCCUCUCUAAAGACCUUGCAAAGUUCCAGCCGGCCCUUCCCUCAGGAGAGAGUGAUUCCCCCACCUUCCACCACUAAUUGUCAAAGAAAAUAUUCUGAAGGAAUAGAUCAUAGAAUAUUAUAGAUAUAAUAUCUAUAAUUAUGUAUUUAAUUAUGUUUGUGUAGUCACUACAAUAUCAUUGGUCUUUACUUUUAUUGGAUAUUUUGAGUUAAUCAUUCACAAUUUUAUACUGUUUAAAAAGGUUUUCUGUGAGGGGAAUGAGAGACCGAAAAUCAAUUUAAAAAUGUACAUUUUAGAACAAAUUAUUUUUUAUUGCUUCUUCG